CGGAACAGUGCUUUUUCCCCCGAGGGAUGAGUUGUGGCUCUGUCACUAUCAGAUCCCCAGGCUGUGCCAAGGUGAUCAAAUGUCUACAUAGGAUCAAUCCAUCACCCCGAUUCCCCUGACCGCAGAGUCCCUGGCGAAUGUUAUCGUAGAAAAGAUCCGAUUCCCGCUGUCUUUUUGAGCAUAGUGCGUCUGGAUUCUGGUCGGGUUCCACGGUAGGGGGGAUAGGUAUAUAACAGUGCAUGAAUGAAUUUCGGAGCCGCCUUUUCACAUCUCCUACCUCACGAUCCCCCACCUAAAGUGAUUCUGUAGAUCAAAAUGGAAGCUGAGCUAUCCAUAAUUUUUGACGAUAUUCGCAUCCUUCAGAUGGGGAGGAUGUUUCAAUUGGCAGCAACAAUCGUUGUCUUGUACGAUCAUGUGCUCUGCUCUCAGAGAGAGAGAAGAUCGAAGUCUCUAGUGACAUAUCUUUACUUUAUUAACCGCUACGUUGGGGAUGCCAUCUCGAUAUGUCGCAUUCUAUUCCACUUCCAAUCUUAUGGACCUUUUGUGUCAGUAUGGGCUACACAAACGAUCAUGCAACUACGGAUUUACGCCAUGUAUCGCAAGUCCAAGAAAAUUCUGGCCCUCACAGGAGUCUGCUUUAUCCUUGAGAUUGCAGCCAUUUGCACGGUGCUGGCGCUGAAUUUCGAUGGGUCCUUGACAUAUACCAAUGACCCCAUACCUGGACUUCUCCGAAUGUGCGCGACGUCGACUAUCAAUAAAAGCUUUACGGCCAUCUACAUGCCUAUAUUUUCUUUCGAGCUUCUACUUUUUGCCCUUGCCAUAUCUGUUGUCUUCAAGCACAUGAAGAACACCCAAACUGUUGCUGGGAAGAGAAUUCACAACACGAUGGCGACGCUGGUCAGGUACAACUCGAUCUACUUCUUUGUCGAAAUGGCCGGAUGUGGGAUUGCCACCGGGUUGUAUCUCGGUCUUCCGUCAAUUUACCUGGAGAUCACGAAUUCAGCCCUCAUUGCAACUACGAUCAUCCUUGGGAGCCGGCUCGUGCUGGGCACACGUAAUUUCUAUACUGACCCAUCCGAAGAUUAUACCAACAUGAGCCACGGGACCAAUGGUCUGAACCCUAGCUUCACCCAACCUUCAUCAUAUGGGCCAUUCUCCAGUCAUAUGGAGAUGUCGGUUAUGAGUAUCAGCAAGGGAUACCAUCUGGAUACAAGUGACGACGCGGUAUAAAGAGUUUGUUGCUUGUUCCCUUAAUGCUCGUGCCCAUGUGCCGUCUGCAAACUUACCCUACCAUUCCAACAACGUAGAGCAAUUAUUUCAAAAAUGUACCAAUAUUUCAUCAAUUGUUGCAGCUGUUUGCUUACGACAAGUAUUAAUAUUCAUAGUGCACUUUACUCCCUGGCCGACGCAUAGUACUUGUUCGCCGUCAUCUUUGCUGGGCCUGCUGGCAGUCCUCAGCUCCAAGCUACCCAUACCCACAAUACAUAUUUCAAUACCAUCACCUUCACGCCA